UCACUCAUUCCCAGCCGUUCUUGGUUGUGGGGAAGACCUGGGGGAGGCCUCUUUCAGGGAGAAAUGAGGAAUGGGGGGAGCCCCGCCGCCGCCAUCUUGUGGGAGGCCGCCCCGGAGGACUACAGCCCCCAGCGUGCUUCGCGCGCGCCCCCAGGACUACAGCGCCCAGCGUGCCCCGCGGCCGUCGUGCCUCCAAGAUGGCGGCGCCCAGGGGCGACUCGGGCCCUGAGACGGACACGGACUCGGACAGCAGCGGCGAGGCGGCAGCGCGGUUCCGGGAGGCCGCCUGGGAUUGCGCUGCGCAGGCGGCGGCGGUGCUGCUGCGCGGCGGUGGCUUUAAAAAGGAUCGGUCACAGCCCGCUCAGCCUAGCCUAAGGCGUGAGGUGAAUGGCCAUGAUGAGGAUGGAAACGAGCUACAGACGACACCAGAGUUCAGAGCACACGUUGCGAAGAAACUAGGAGCAAUGCUAGACGGGUAUUGGCAAGCGAUACUAAAAAAUUUCAUCACUGUCUUGAAGGACUCAUCAGGACCUUCACAAACUUCUGUGCAAUGGUCUGACUCUGGAGAUGAUGGAUUUCGCCUCUUCUCUUCCUCUGUCCCGGGAGACUGUGGGAAAUUGGAGCCUUGCCCUGCAGCAAAGAGGAGACAGCCGUCUAGCUCCAGUGACACGGACAGUGACCAAGAGUGGCAAAGGUACCAAGAGGCUGCUGUGUCAGCCGCAGACAUUCUGAAGCAAAGUGGUUUUCCUGUGCUGUCCCAGGAUUCCAGCCGGGAUCAGAGUCAGGGUUACGUAGAGCACAGCCAGAAAAAAAAGAAGAAAAAGAAAACUGGGGGAGAGAACAAUAUUCAAGGGAAAAUAAUAUACUCAGCAGAGUGUGACCAGAUCAGCAAAGAUUUGCCACGGUUGGUGUCUGUAAAUGGACAGCAUGAAAGACAGGACAGCAAUCAUACAGAGAACUCAGCGUUGCCAGGAGUCAUGAAGAAGAAAAAGAAGAAGAAAAAAAGAGAAUGAAGAUUUUGCUCUGUGAACGGCAGAUGGCAUCUGCACCCAGAGUACCAGGUCUCCUCGCUGCAGAGAGUUAAAAAAGCUUCGAUGGAUACAGAAGACUCUCUUUGUGUGGCUAAAAAGAAGUGACAAUUUGGAGUCCGUGUAAAAAUAUUUAAUGUAAGAAAUUUUCAUGUGAACAUUAGCACAAAGACAUGUUUAGUUUCUAAAGACUUUUUUUUUUUUUGGUCAUACUCUUAGGAAAGAGUAUUGUGAGCUUCUUUUGGCAUUUUCCUAUUGAUGUUUUGGUACAAUUUCCACGCAUUUUAUUUUUUAUUACAAUUUUUCUAACAUCACCCCCCCUCCCCAGACGUUCUGGCUGAUAACAGUAAUUGUCAAUUAUAAUGACAAUAUCCCAACCAUGACAUAGAGUUUUUGCAUGAUACAUCCUUAUAAUUCAAGGAUUUCGCAAACAGAGACAACAAAUUGUGAGCCUCCUGCAGUAUGUGACAGAGGAGACUCUGUCAUACUGUGUUACUUAUUUCUGUCUUCCUUUGGCAUACUGAUUUCUUUUAUCUAAACUGAGAUGGAAAAUAUUACCAUUCUUGUCUAAAAGAUUGUCCAGUCUAUGUUCUCUAAGUAUAUACACACCUGUCGUACACUUGAGGGGGGAUGAGGACACAGGCCAUUGAGUUUAGACAAAGUACAGCAAUAUUUGUCAAGGGAAACUGUAAAGAGAAGAAAACAUAGCAACAAAUUAUCUGUCUAUAUUGUGUGGUUUCAAGGAUUCCUUAUGCACUCAGAAGUCCUGUUGCUUCUGCUUGCCUUGAAGACCUUCAGCUGCAGAGGCUUUUAAAACAGGCUGUCUUGAAACCAGUCAACUUUGAAGUCCAUAAAACCAGAAAUGAACAUCUGUUUGUAUGUUAGGACCUCACUGAAUGCUACAACUGGAUGCCAUGUGGAGAAUCCUUAGCUGAAUAUGGAAACCUUUCAAAUACUGAGGAGGAGGUAAAUAUUCUCUGUCACUUUAUCCUGAAGGGCUUUUUCCGUUGGUCUAUUAGAAUUGUCCGUUUUAAACUGUUGGAGCCUGGACAAUUAACAAAACAAGAAGUAGACUUCUGCACUGUCAACUUCAUGUUCACUGUAACCUGCCAGACUGUGCUAGUGAAUGGUUCACCGCUUCAUUAUGUAUUUCAGAUUCCUCAAGUAUUUCAUUAAGUAUUUCAGAUGCUUUUCAGUGUUUCUUAAACAUUAUAAAUUUCGAGCAGUCAGACUGAACGUUUGGGAAGCAGGAAGGAGACUUUUGCUGUGAAUUAACCAGCACCCCUGUUUUACACCCUGGCACUAAGAAUUGCAGUAUCGUGUUUCUCAGAUUAUUACAAGUGCCGCAAUAUGCAGUUGAGAGGUAAUAAGAAUAGCAGAGGUCAGGGGUGGAAGCUGCAAAGCUUUAACCAGAUAGAUUAUAACUCUAGUAGUAGAGCGAGAGCUAAAUUGUAGAGUGCCAUAAUCCAGACAGCAGCAUUCUCCUGUAACUGAAUUGUACUUACGGAUUUUGCCUUGAGGAUGAAUAUUUGAAAGAAAAGGACUUGGUUUUGCUAUACUCGUUUUCAGCUAUUAACAGUGCUAAGUAUAUGUUGAUUUCCUUAAUUCCAACAAUUUGCUGGGCCAUGACUUGAUUCUCAAAUCACCCUGACUAACCUGAUCUUAGUAAUGGUGAUAGGGGAAACUUUUGAAGUUUGAAGACACCGAGUGAUACGUGCUUGGUUUUCUUAUGUUUGCAGUAUCAGCUUUUGUAUUUUUUUUUUCCUGCAGAAUUGCUUGGUUUUCCUUAGGUGUAAUUAAUAUGAUGGUUGAGACCCCUCAAAUUCAGUGCUUCACUGACAAGACAUAAGCAGCUUUACAAUGCUAAACUGGUCAGCUUAAUAGCAGGCUUACGAACGAUGUUACAUUAACAAAGCAGUUUGAAGAAAUACACCAAUUAGUAAUCACAAGAAGUCUGAUUUCUAUUUUAUUUUAAUGGGAAAUUUAAUAAAGAUUAUUUACUAUGUCCAACUACUUUGCGUUGUCCUACAUACACUUA